AUGAACAAUUACCGUAACAGAGAGCAUGAUGAGCUGAGGUAUAUCAGAAGAUGUUGUGUCGCCAUCGUCGGUAUCGGCAGAGUCGGUAAGUCCUUAGCACACUUGCUGAAGAUGUAUCCGGCUGGUCUUACGGAGUUACGACUUUGUAAUCGGAGUGAUCCCGAGGGAGUCGUAGAAGAGUUGAAUCAUAUACCGACGAGGUUGCCCGUUCGAGGUUUCAAGGGCACUGAGAGGCUGCCUUUGGGCCUGCAAGGUGUCGAUAUAGUUGUAUUGACCGCCGGAGUUCCCAGGAAGCCCGGCAUGCUUAGAAGCCAUUUGUUCAUGGGAAUGAUCGGCACUUUUAAGGAUAAGGACAGGAAGAGACAGAAAAUGAGUUAUCUUUAA